AUGGCUGCAAAGGCCAGCGGUAGGCUGCUGUCUCUGCUGGGCCAAGUCCGGUCCCUGGCCCCAGCAGGGUGGUUGCUGUCUAGUGGCGUCCAUGGCAAGGAGGUCACGGGCUGCCUGUGGAGGUCGCUGACCUUCUUCAUUGAGCUCCCCAGGGUGGCAGUCAGCAUGCUGAAUGCCUACCUGAAGUCGAGGGAGCAUCACCAACAGUUCGAAUUUGUCCCCUACCCGCAUCUCCGCAUCCGGACCAAGCCCUUUCCAUGGGGAGAUGGAAACCAUACUCUGUUUCAUAAACAUCAUAUCAAUCCUCUCCCAACUGGUUAUGAGGAGUAA